UCUUCUGAGGAGGGAGUGUUUCGUGUUUCGUGUGUCAUUUCAAGAUAAAGUUUACAUGUUUUCUCGAAUUUAGGCAAUAAAUCACACUAAUCAUUGUAUGUUAACAUUGUUGUGAUUAUGUGUUAUCAUCUUGUGUGUGCUCGAAGCGUGUGAUAAGGGUGUCAUUGUAUGGGGGUAAAGGAAAGGAGCCAUCAUGGGAGACAGCUUCUUGCACCUGGGGGACAUCGUGUCCCUCUAUGCAGAGGGCUCAGUGGCCGGUUUCCUCAGUACUUUAGGGUUGGUAGAUGACAGAUGCGUCGUGUGUCCCGAAGCCGGGGACCUUUCAGAUCCACCCAAGAAGUUCAGAGAUUGCUUGUUCAAAAUAUGUCCCAUGAACCGCUACUCCGCGCAGAAGCAGUUUUGGAACACCGCCAAGCAGUCAGCUAACACCAACGCCGAUACGGACACGGGACUGCUGAAGAGAUUGCAUCAUGCCGCAGAAAUCGAGAAGAAACAAAAUGACAUGGAAAACACGAAAGUACUGGGUACCGUGGUGCAAUACGGGAGCGUGAUACAACUGCUGCAUGUCAAGAGUAAUAAGUAUCUUACGGUAAAUAAAAGACUACCCGCGUUAUUAGAGAAAAAUGCAAUGCGAGUGCAUCUGGACGCAAAUGGGAAUGAAGGAUCCUGGUUUUAUGUUAUACCCUUUUAUAAAUUGCGAUCUACGGGUGACAAUGUGGUGGUUGGAGACAAGGUGAUAUUGAAUCCCGUGAACGCGGGACAACAAGUUCUACACGUAUCUGCUAAUCAUGAGCUGCCAGACAAUGCUGGAUGUAUGGAGGUCAACGUAGUAAAUUCAUCCACCUCCUGGAAAGUGACCCUAUUCCUAGAACACAAAGAGAACCAAGAAGAGAUCCUCAAAGGUGGGGAUGUCGUGCGUCUCUUUCACGCGGAACAGGAGAAGUUCCUCACUAUGGACGAGUAUAGAAAGAGACAGCAUGUGUUUCUCAGGACCACCGGCAGAUCUAGUGCCACAGCGGCGACUAGUAGCAAGGCUUUGUGGGAAAUUGAGGUAGUACAACAUGACCCUUGCCGCGGUGGCGCAGGACACUGGAACUCAAUAUUUCGGUUCAAGCAUCUCGCCACUGGACACUAUCUAGCCGCUGAAGCUUGUUCCAAAACAACUGAAGUUUUCGUUAGCAGUGACACGAGCACCGAACCUGCGUACCAGCUGGUGUCGGUGCCACACUCGUCAGAGAUCGCGACAUUGUUUGAAUUAGACCCCACUACUAUGACGCAUUCUGACGCGCCUGUGCCUCAGAGUAGUUAUGUGAGGUUACAACACUUAUGCACGCACACAUGGGUACACUCCACAUCAAUACCAAUUGACCAAGAGGAAGAGAAACCUGUUAUGUCAAAGGUGGGAUGUUCAGUAAUAAAAGAGGAUAAAGAAGCAUUUGCACUAAUUUCCGUGUCACCAAGUGAAGUGCGCGAUUUGGAUUUCGCGAAUGAUGCGUGUAAAGUGCUGUGUGCACUUUCUGGAAAGUUACACCAAGGGAAUAUAGAGCAUAAUGAGAUGAAAGCCUUAACCUGCCUCCUCCAAGACAUAGUGUAUUUCAUAGCGGGCUAUGAGAACGAGCCCAACAAGUCUAAAGCCCUGGACCUCGUCGUAGAAAACCCUAAUCGCGACAGACAGAAACUACUACGAGAACAGUAUAUAUUAAGACAGCUGUUUAAAAUAUUACAGGGCCCAUUCGAAGAAUCAUCAGAAGGCGAACCGUUCCUAAAAAUAGAAGAAUUGUACGAUCCAAGAUACGCACCAUACAAAUUCAUAUUCAGACUAUGCUACAGGAUAUUGCGUCUUAGCCAACAGGAUUAUAGAAAGAAUCAGGAAUACAUAGCAAAACACUUCGGUUUUAUGCAAAAGCAAAUAGGAUACGACAUCCUCGCAGAAGACACAAUCACGGCGUUAUUGCAUAAUAAUAGGAAAUUAUUGGAAAAACACAUUACAGCUGCUGAGAUUGAGACCUUUGUUGGUCUGGUCCGUAAGAACAUGAAGACCUGGCAGUCCCGUUUCCUUGACUACCUGAGUGACCUCUGUAUAUCCAACAAGAAGGCCAUCGCAGUAACUCAAGAACUAAUCUGCAAGAGCGUGCUUUGCGCCAAUAAUGCUGAUAUCCUCAUCGAGACCAGGUUUAAACCGAGAUUAGUUCAUUUAAAAUAUGAGGAUAAAUCGACGGAAGGCGACAAAGUAUCGAUGGAAGAAGACGUUAUUUUAUUUUGGAAUAAUAAACAGUCAUCAGAAUAUUUAUCCGCCUUAGCGACAAAAGCGAAAGCGGACCCGCGAAGUGAAGCGGCGGCCAUCUUGGAUUACUACCGACACCAGCUUGACCUGUUUUCAAACAUGUGUCUAAAUAGACAGUACUUAGCGCUGAAUAGUUUAUCUCAACAGCUGCACAUAGAUCUUAUAUUGAAGUGCAUGUCAAACGGUGCCCUUCCCCACGAAGUGCGAGCCUCGUUCUGCCGGCUGAUGCUGCACCUGCACGUCGACCGCGACCCGCAGGAGCCGGUGACGCCAGUCAAGUACGCGCGCCUCUGGAGCGAGGUGUGCGACCGGAUACACAUACACGAUUACCAAUGCGUACGCGGCGGGCCAGACGCCACUAGAGAGAAAGUGAAACAGCAGUUCGCUUCCACCAUCCGCUUCGUGGAAAACUACCUUUGCAAUGUGGUCACUAGGACUUGGUACUUUAGUGACCACGACCAGAACAAACUGACAUUCGAGGUCGUGAAAUUGGCUAGAGAAUUGAUUUACUUCGGGUUUUAUAGCUUCAGUGAUCUCCUCCGGCUAACAAAGACGCUACUCAGUAUAUUAGACUGUGUGACCGCUAUGGACCUUCUCAAUGAGACCAACGCCUUGGCUGGGGACGUAGAAUCGGAAGGCGGUGUACUUCGAACAAUAGGAGACAUGGGAGCUGUGAUGACUUCGAUAACACUUGGCACUGCGCAUAAUCAGGUGGUAGGAGGCGGGGCCCAACAGCGCAGUCCGUCUGCGCUUGCGCUGGCCAGAAAACACCCGCUCGUUAUGGAAACUAAACUGAAGAUUAUUGAGAUCCUACAGUUUAUCCUGGACGUCCGACUGGACUACCGUAUCAGCUGUCUGCUUUCCAUCUUCAAGAAGGAAUUCGAACAAGCGGUUGACAAAAGUGGAGACUCCCUUGGUCGAGCUGAUGUGGAGGCGAUAGGGCUACAGGCUGAGGGCAUAUUUAGUUGCCGGGAUGGGCUAGACUUAGACGAGUGUGGUGGUCGGAUGGUCCUUCGAGUUCUGCUACAAUUGUGUUCGCAAGGUGCCUCCGCAGCGCUUGUGUCGGGGGCACUUGCCCUACUGUUCAGGCAUUUUAGUCAGAGGCAAGAAGUUUUGGCGGCUUUUAAACAGGUACAACUGCUAGUAUCAGACGCGGACGUGGAAUCUUACAAGCAAAUAAAGGCAGAUUUAGAUGUUCUGCGGCAAAGUGUGGAGAAAUCUGAGCUGUGGGUGUUUAACAAGGGAAGGGCGGGCGCUUUGGACGAUCAUACUGAAAUAAAAGGCACAGUAGGUCCCGGCGGCGCGGUGCUCGAAAGAAACGCGUCGCUCGACAAUGUGCUCGAUACUUCUAGAAUGAACAAGCAUGACCAUAUGAAUGAAUAUAAGAAGAUUAAGGAGAUCCUAGAACGAAUGAUUAAAUACUGCACUCGUGGUAACAACGGCGACGCAGGCGCAGGAAGACCGCGGAGACACGAGCAGCGAUUACUGAGGAAUAUCGGCGUGCACCACACUGUGUUGGACUUGCUGCAGGUGCCACACGACGAGAACGACACAGCGAUGGACGAACUGCUGGACCUCGCGCAUGAGUUCCUCCAGCACUUCUGCCACGGCAACCAGCAGAACCAGGCAAUAUUGCACAAACACCUGGACCUGUUCCUGAAUCCUGGAAUCCGCGAAGCGCAAACAGUCUGCGCAAUAUUCGAAGAGAACGCGUCCCUGUGCGCACAUGAGAACAACGACAAAGUUGUUGCGCAUUUUGUACACUGUAUUGAGAGCAGCCGUCGACAUCCUGCGUACCUGCGCUUCCUGCGCACUAUUGUGCGAGCUGGCCCACAGCACAUCCGCCGCAGCCAGGACCUUGUUAUGCAAGAGUUGGUGAAUGCCGGCGAGGACGUAUUGGUGUUCUACAACGACAAAGUGAUGUUCAACUUUUUCGUGCAAAUGAUGAGGCAGUACAAGCAAAAUGGGGAAAUGCCAGAGGCUUUAACAUACCACAUCCAGCUCGUCAAACUACUAACUUCGUGCACUUUGGGCAAGAAUGUCUACACCGAGAUCAAAUGCCACAGUUUGCUGCCUCUCGACGAUAUAGUUGCUAUGAUCACUCACCCUGAUUGUAUACCAGAGGUGAAAGAAGCUUACGUAGGGUUCCUAAACCACUGCUAUAUAGACACAGAGGUGGAAAUGAAAGAGAUCUACUCAAGCAACUACAUGUGGGAUCUGUUCGAAAGAUCCUUCUUGCAGGACAUGCACGCUAUAUUGCAACCUGAUGCUGGAACAUCAACAAGCGAGGUCAAACUGUCCAGCAGUUCGCGGCAAGCCUGGGUCAACUAUGUGACAGAUGUGCUCAUGCACACUAUAUGCACCUUCUUCAAUUCGCCCUUUAGUGAUCAGAGUACUACUGUUCAGACUCGGCAGUCGAUCUUCGUCAAGCUGCUACAAAGCACAUUCCGAAUCUACCAAUGUCCAUGGCUCAAUCCGCCGCAAAAACUCAAUGUGGAAAAGUGUAUCCGGACACUUAGUGAAGUUGCUAAAACUCGCAGUAUAGCUAUCCCAUUAGAGCUAGAGGCGAAGAUCCAAACGGUGUUCGAAAAAGCGGCCGCACUGUCGCGGCAGACCAGCAAGUGGCUGCUUGCUUCUAAAACCUGUAAACUGGAGAAGAUGGCUUCACAGAGCAACUUGCAGAACGACAAAUCGGUGAUGGAAGGUUUGCAAGAGAUAGUGUCCCUGCUGGAGGAGCAGUUACGACCGCUGCUGCAAGCGGAGCAGUCGCUGCUGGUGGACAUCCUGUACAAGCCGCACCGGCUGUUCACGUCGCCCGGCGAGCUCACCAGCCCCGACACCAGCGGCAUCUUCAUAUCCAGGUUGAUACGUCACACGGAGAAACUUCUAGAAGAGAAAGAAGAAAAGUUAUGCGUCAAAGUGCUACGGACACUUCGUGAGAUGAUGGCUGUUGAUCCAGAAUAUGGUGAAAAAGGCAACCAGUUGCGCAACAAGUUGCUAUCCCAAUACUUCGUGAACCGCAAAUCGGAACCGAAAAUACAGAGCGCACCACCCGUCGUUGCUGUCACACAUGGACCAGGAGCAAAAGUGCUCAUGCGCACGGGUCAGACGCUAGCGCAAGUGCAGGCACAUCUUGAUAGAGAAGGUGCCUCUGACCUGGUCGUAGAACUGGUCAUCAAGAGCACCAAUAGACCAGCUAUAUUUCUGGAGGCUAUACAGCUUGGUAUUGCUCUUCUGGAAGGUGGCAACCCUAUUAUCCAAAAUAGUAUAUUUACUAAGCUACAGAAUGGCGAAAUAUCACUGGCGUUUUUGAAGGUAUUCUAUGACAAAAUGCGUGAAGCCCAGCAGGAAAUCCGUUCUCUAGCAGUGAGCAGUACGAGUGGUGCGCCCACAGACAAACGCACCAGCCCCACGGACAGACAGAAACAUUCCACACCAGAAGGUAAACCAGUAACAGGUCCGCUAGUGGUUGGUGAAGACAUGGACGAAGAAGUGAACAAUGCGUGCGGCUCCGCGGUACACGCCUACUCAGAUAUACAUACUAUGUCGCAUGGUACAACAGUGUUAGAGGAAAUAAUGGCGGAAAAGAAACGGUCCAGUGGUAACGGGGAUGUUCUGCCAGCCAAGGUGGCAGUCAUGAAGCCUAUCUUGAGAUUCCUGCAAUUGCUGUGCGAAAAUCACAACCCGGACCUUCAGAACCUUCUCCGCAACCAGAACAACAAAUCGAACUACAACCUAGUGUCAGAGACGCUGAUGUUCCUGGACUGUAUAUGCGGAUCUACCACGGGCGGACUCGGGCUGCUGGGCUUGUAUAUCAAUGAGGGAAAUGUAGCGCUUAUCAACCAGACGUUGGAGACGCUUACUGAAUAUUGUCAAGGUCCCUGCCACGAGAACCAGAACUGCAUAGCGACCCACGAGAGCAACGGGCUGGACAUCAUCACUGCCCUCAUCCUCAACGACAUCAACCCCCUGGGCAAGACCCGCAUGGACCUGGUGCUGGAGCUGAAGAACAACGCCUCCAAGCUGCUGCUGGCCAUCAUGGAGUCCAGGAACGACUCGGAGAAUAAUGCUGAGAGGAUCCUGUAUAACAUGAACCCUAAGCAAUUGGUGGACGUAGCAUGCAGUGCAUUCCACCAAGAGCACGCGGAUGCUGACUCAGAUAACGAAGAUGAUGGACCAUGUGCAGGAGUUUCACCUAAAGAGGUGGGGCACAACAUCUACAUCCUGUGCCACCAGCUGGCGGCCCACAACAAGGAGCUGGCCGCACUGGUGCGCGCCACGCCCAGCGGGCCCGCUGCGCCCGCGCUGCAGUACUACCGCUCGCACACUGCGCAGAUUGAGAUAGUCCGCACAGACCGCAGCAUGGAGCAAAUCGUGUUUCCAAUACCAGAGAUAUGCGAAUACCUUCCUGAUGAGAGUAAACACCGGGUCCUACAGAGCGCUGAAAGAGACGACCAGGGCAGUAAAGUGGCGGACUUCUUCUCGAGAUUGGAUAAUCUGUUCCAUGAGAUGAAGUGGCAGAAGAAGCUGCGUGGUCAACCGUUCCUCUUCUGGGUGUCAUCGUACAUGUCGUAUUGGAGCAACAUUCUGUUCAAUUUCGCUGUUCUCAUAAACGUCAUUGUUGCAUUUUUCUAUCCGUUUCAAGAAGAAAAUCCAGAACUAGACGAGCACCUAUCCAUGGUGGUAUGGAUAGCACUUUGCCUGGCCGCGGCCCUAGUCACGUGGGCCCCAAGCUGGGCCUCGCUACGGGCCCUAGCGGCUUGCGUUAUCGUACUGCUCAUAUAUCUGCUAGGGCCCGAACCUAUGCUAUGGCUGCUGGGAAUGCUUACUAUAGUAGUAAAAGGUAUUCACCUAGUCAGUAUAAUGGGCAACCAGGGUACGUUAUCCAAAUCCCUGCGGGACGUGAUCACGGACCCUGAACUGCUGUACCACGGGGUCUACCUCAUCUUCUGCUUCCUGGCUAUCUGCUGUCAUCCGUUCUUCUUUUCUGUUUUGCUCCUCGACAUAGUAUACCGCGAAGAGACCCUCUUAAACGUGAUGCGUUCCGUCACACGCAACGGGCGCUCCAUCCUCCUCACAGCCGUGUUAGCGCUCGUGCUCGUGUACAUGUUCUCUAUCGUGGGCUACAUGUUCUUCCGGGAUGAUUUCCUGGUCAAUGUGGAUAGAUUGGAUGAUGAUGAUGAUCCUCGCUUCGAAGUGGACAAAUGCGAUGACGACCCAUCUGCAAAGUACCGCACUAGAGCUUCCCGCAUAGUGUCCGUAGGAGGUGACUUGCGCGAGCGCAGCUGUGAUUCACUUGUCAUGUGCAUUGUGACUACACUUAACCAGGGAUUGAGAAAUGGGGGUGGGAUCGGGGAUAUACUGCGCGCGCCCGCUAGCUUUGAACCAUUAUUCGUGGCGCGUGUGGUCUACGAUCUGCUGUUCUUCUUCGUGGUGAUCAUUAUUGUGCUGAACCUCAUCUUUGGUGUCAUCAUCGACACCUUCGCUGAUCUGCGUAGCGAGAAACAGCAGAAGGAACUUAUUUUGAAAAAUACUUGCUUUAUUUGCGGUUUAAACAGAUCAGCGUUCGACAACAAAACAGUAUCAUUCGAAGAGCACAUAAAGAGCGAACACAAUAUGUGGCACUACCUGCACUUUAUGGUGCUCGUGCGGGUCAAGGACCCCACGGAGUUCACAGGCCCGGAGAGCUAUGUACACUCUAUGAUCAAGUCGAACAACUUAGAUUGGUUCCCGCGUCUGCGCGCGCUGUCGCUGGUGGGCGGCGGUGAGGGCGAGGGCGGGGAGCUGGAGCUGCGCGCGCUGCAGGCGCAGCUCGAGCGGGCGCAGCUCGCCGUGCGCACGCUCACCGACCUGCUCACCGAGCUGCGCGACCAGAUGACAGAGCAGCGCAAGCAAAAACAGCGCAUCGGAUUGCUCAACUCGACAUCAGCGUACCUGCACAACCUGCAGAUGAACUUGCCACCCUGAGAUAUGCGAUAAUAAGCUCUAUUCAUAUUGUACCCAGAUACUAUAUUUGUUUACACGAUUUACCAAUAUUGUUCCAGUCUUUUCGAUUCCUGUAAGAACGUUUAAUGGAACUUUAAUAAUAAUAGUUGUGUUAAAAGUUAUUUUUAAUGUUAUAAAAUAUAAAUGUACGAUAUUACACUUACAUUUGGUAUGUACUUAUUUUUGGAUCUUUUAUAUAUUAAUAUUGUUUAACUUUAAUCUUCUCUUUUCUCAUAUCUCUCUUACCUUUUAAAAAUCUUUUAUAUUUUAAGUGUAUUUUAUGUAUGUUUUCUUUGUUGUGUAUUGUCUGAUCCUAUCGCACAAUAAUUUUGAAUAAUGAAAUAAUCAAAUCAAAUUCACGAACGGUGAAUGAAUAAAAAAUAUCAAAAAUAUAAUUUCUAAAUUAAUCAAUUAUCGAGAGCAAUAAUUAUUAUACUUAUAUUGUACGAUGCAAACUUUUAGAGUACUAAAUGACACAUAAUUUAGGAUUAUUUUAAUAUUAUCACAAAAAUUUCACCAACAAAAAAAAAUAUUUUAAACUAAAUCCGGCUCGAA